UCUCUCUCUCUCUCUCUCUCUCUCUCUCUCGCUCUCUCUCUCUCUCUCUCUCCUUUCCUCUCCACACAGAGACACACGUGCCCCUGCCUGCCUGCCUGCUCAGUGACACUGCAGUACAGAGGACAUAGCAGCAGCAGACAGACAGGCAGAGAGACACGCAGGCAGACCGACACGCAGGCAGAGAGACAGAAAGGCAGAGAGACAGGCAGGCAAAACAAGCCGACAGGCAGAACGUAGGAAGGUGUGUCGAGGCCUUGUCUCCUCUUCCUCCUCCUCCUCCUCGAGUAGCAGAGAUCCUGUUCUCCUGCGCUCUCCUUCAAGGACUUCCACACUCGGAGACCAAGAACUACUACUGCUACAGUUCCUGUUCCUGUUGGUUACCAAGGAAAUACUCCUGCUACUGCUGCUACAGUUCCUGUUCCUGUUUGUUACCAAGGAAAUACUACUGCUACUACUGCUACAAUUCCUGUUUGUUACCAAGGAAAUACUGCUGCUACUACUGCUACAAUUCCUGUUUGUUACCAAGGAAAUACUACUGCUGCUACAGUUCCUGUUCCUGUUUGUUACCAAGGAAAUACUACUGCUGCUACAAUUCCUGUUCCUGUUUGUUACCAAGGAAAUACUACUGCUGCUACAAUUCCUGUUCCUGUUUGUUACCAAGGAAAUACUUCUGCUACUACUACUACAAUUCCUGUUCCUGUUCCUGUUUGUUACCAAGGAAAUACUACUACUACUACAGUUCCUGUUCCUGUUUGUUACCAAGGAAAUACUGCAGCGCAGUGGAUAUUAUCACGCACACGGAGGAGUGCUACUCUCUCCCUCUCUUUCUCUCACAGUCACAGGCAGACAAAUGGACGACUCUCUCUAACAGCGUAUCAGUGGACUUCUCAUUAUUUCGGGACUUCUCUUGCUGGCCUGGUGUGUGUAGUGGUGUGUGUAGUGGUGUGUGUAGUGUGUGUGUAGUGGUGUGUGUAGUGUGUGUUUUUAUCAGAGGUCACGCCGCGUGCUGUGGGAGUGUGUGUGGGCGAUCCACCUUCUCUCAGGUCCCCUCCCCUCUCAUCCUUUUCUACCUAAUCUCUCUCUCUCUCUCUCUCUCUCUCUCUCUCUCUCUCUCUCUCUCUCUCUCUCCACCCCCUCUCCUGUUCACCUCCUUCUCCACACCUCACCAAACUCCUUCCCUCUCUUCCCCCUCUCUCUCUCCAUCCUCACCACACCUCUCCCUCUCUUCCCUCUAUCCUCUCUAUUCCUCCGCCCCUCCAUAUCCCAUGAUGCCUUGCCCCAGGCCACUACGCUAGGCCCCAGCAGUAUGGGCAGAGCCUGGGAGGGGAGAGAGAGCUCUGAUUGGUCCAGGUCGGGUCCCCCUUCCUUUGCUUCCAAUGGGGGAGGACACCGAGAGCUCCAAAGUCAACCACAGCUUUCUGCGAGACUACGUCACCGAAGCUGAUGUAAUCUCUACAGUGGAGUUCAACCACACAGGAGAUCUGCUGGCUACGGGGGACAAGGGAGGCAGAGUCGUCGUCUUCCAGAGAGAGACCGUGGUUGGUCACAAGCCUAAAGGGGAGUUGGAGCAGGUGGGGGAGACGGGUGAGUCGGGGGAGUAUAAUGUGUACAGUACCUUCCAGAGCCACGAGCCUGACUUUGACUACCUGAAGAGUCUGGAGAUCGAGGAGAAGAUCAACAAGAUACGAUGGCUGCCUCAACAGAACGCCGCCCACUUCCUGCUCUCCACCAACGAUAAGACCAUCAAGCUGUGGAAGGUGAGUGAGCGAGACAAGCAACCGGAGGGCUACAACCUGAAAGAUGAGGAGGGCAGGGUGAAGGACAUCUCUACAGUCACAUCACUACAGGUUCCUGUGUUGAGACCUACAGACCUGAUGGUGGAGGUACGUCCUAGGAGGGUGUUCUCCAAUGGUCAUACCUACCAUGUUAACUCCAUAUCGGUCAACAGUGACGGAGAGACCUACAUGUCAGCUGAUGACCUGAGGAUCAACAUGUGGCACCUGGGGAUCACAGACCGCAGCUUCAACAUAGUGGACAUCAAGCCAGCCAACAUGGAGGAGCUAACAGAGGUGAUAACAGCAGCAGAGUUUCAUCCUCACCACUGUCACCUGUUUGUCUACAGUAGCAGUAAAGGAUCUCUACGUCUCUGUGACAUGAGGGCCUCGGCACUUUGCGACAGACACACCAAACUCUUUGAGGAACCAGAGGACCCAGGAAGUCGUUCAUUCUUCUCUGAGAUCGUGUCGUCGGUGUCGGAUGUGAAGUUCAGUCACAACGGGCGGUACCUGCUGACCAGGGAUUACCUGACGGCCAAGGUGUGGGACUUACACAUGGAGAAAGGCCCCGUCGAAACCUACCAGGUUCAUGACUACCUGAGGACUAAGCUGUGCUCUCUGUACGAGAACGACUGCAUAUUUGACAAGUUCGAGUGUGUCUGGAACAGCUCCGACAGUGUGAUAAUGACUGGGGCGUACAACAGCUUCUUCCGGAUGUUUGACAGGGAGACGGGGCGGGGCGUGACCCUGGAGGCGUGGCGAGAGACCAGUAAGCCGCGAGCUGUACUGCGGACGCGACGGAUCUACACCGGGGGCAAGCGUCGUCGCGGCGACGUGGGGGUGGACAGUCUGGACUUCACUAAGAAGAUCCUCCACAUGGCCUGGCACCCCGAGGAGAACAUCAUCGCCAUAGCCUCCACCAACAACCUCUACAUCUUCCAAGACCGGGUCAGCCCCGAUACACAGGGUCCAGACCUGGGUUCAAAUACCAUUUAGCACCGGGUCAGCCCCGAUACACAGGGUCCAGACUUGGAUUCAAAUACCAUUUAGGUCCAUUUAGGACAGGGUCCACACACAGAAACAGAAACAGGAUUGAGAAGUAGUCGUUAAACGCAUGUGCGCACACACACACACACACACACACACGCACACGCACACACACACUCACACGCACUUGUUGUUGGACACAAAUUGAAAGGAAAUAACAAAAACAUCAGAGACUAGUCCCUCCAUGGAAUGAGUUGGGACAGGCCUGAGAUCAGUCUAUAAGGUGAAUGAGUUGGACAGGCCUGAGAUCAGUCUAUGAGAUGAAUGAGUUGGGACAGGCCUGAGAUCAGUCUAUAAGGUGAAGGAGUUGGACAGGCCUGAGAUCAGUCUAUAAGGUGAAUGAGUUGGACAGGCCUGAGAUCAGUCUAUGAGAUUAAUAAAUUGGACAGGCCUGAGAUCAGUCUAUAAGAUGAAUGAGUUGGGACAGGCCUGAGAUCAGUCUAUAAGAUGAAUGAGUUGGACAGGCCUGAGAUCAGUCUAUAAGAUGAAUGAGUUGGGACAGGCCUGAGAUCAGUCUAUAAGGUGAAUGAGUUGGACAGGCCUGAGAUCAGUCUAUGAGAUGAAUAAGUUGGACAGGCCUGAGAUCAGUCUAUAAGGGGAAUAAGUUGGACAGGCCUGAGAUCAGUCUAUAAGGGGAAUGAGUUGGACAGGCCUGAGAUCAGUCUAUAAGGGGAAUAAGUUGGACAGGCCUGAGAUCAGUCUAUAAGGGGAAUGAGUUGGACAGGCCUGAGAUCAGUAUAUAAGGUGAAUGAGUUGGACAGGCCUGAGAUCAGUCUAUAAGGUGAAUGAGUUGGGACAGGCCUGAGAUCAGUCUAUAAGGGGAAUUAUUCACUAGACGUCCCGUUUAACGGAUUCCCUUUAUAAUCACAACACCUUAGCACACCUGGAUACACAGGACACCUUUACACACAGCUGGUGAGAGUGGCUCAUCUGGACACCUGGUGACACAUCUGGAUUAAUCUAGACACCUGGUGACGCAUCUGGAUUAAUCUAGACACUUGGUGACCCAUCUGGAUUAAUCUAGACACCUGGUGACGCAUCUGGAUUAAUCUAGACACUUGGUGACCCAUCUGGAUUAAUCUAGACACCUGGUUACCCAUCUGGAUUAAUCUAGACACCUGGUGACCCAUCUGGAUUAAUCUAGACACCUGGUGACACAUCUGGAUUAAUCUAGACACCUGGUGACCCAUCUGGAUUAAUCUAGACACCUGGUGACCCAUCUGGAUCAAUCUAGACACCUGGUGAUUUAUCUGGACACCUCGUGACUCAUCUUGUUUAAUCUAGACACCUGGUGACUCAUCUGGAUAAAUCUAGACACCUGGUGACCCAUCUGGAUUAAUCUAGACACCUGGUGACCCAUCUAGAUUAAUCUAGACACCUGGUGACACAUCUGGAUUAAUCUAGACACCUGGUGACACCUGGAAACAUCGAGACACCUGGUGACUCAUCUGGAUUAAUCUAGACACCUGGUGACCCAUCUGGAUUAAUCUAGACACCUGAUGACUCAUCUGGAUUAAUCUAGACACCUGAUGACUCAUCUGGAUUAAUCUAGACACCUGGUGACACCUGGAAACAUCGAGACACCUGGUGACUCAUCUGGAUUCAUCUAGACACCUGGUGACCCAUCUGGAUUAAUCUAGACACAUGGUGACCCAUCUGGAUUAAUCUAGACACCUGGUGACCCAUCUGGAUCAAUCUAGACACCUGGUGACUCAUCUGGACACAUCUGGACACCUGGUGACUCAUCUGGAUUAAUCUAGACACCUGGUCACCCAUCUGGAUUAAUCUAGACACCUGGUGACCCAUCUGGAUUAAUCUAGACACCUGGUGACUCAUCUGGAUUAAUCUAGACACCUGGUGAUCCAUCUAGACACCUGGUGACCCAUCUGGAUUAAUCUAGACACUUGGUGACCCAUCUGGAUUAAUCUAGACACCUGGUGACCCAUCUGGAUUAAUCUAGACACCUGGUGACCCAUCUGGACACAUCUAGACACCUGUUGACUCAUCUGGAUUAAUCUAGACACCUGGUGACCCAUCUAGAUACCUGGUGACCCAUCUGGAUUAAUCUAGACACCUGGUGACCCAUCUAGACACCUGGUGACCCAUCUGGAUUAAUCUAGACACCUGGUGACCCAUCUGGAUUAAUCUAGACACCUGGUGACCCUUCUGGAUUAAUCUAGACACCUGGUGACCCAUCUGGAUUAAUCUAGACACCUGGUGACCCAUCUGGACACAUCUAGACACCUGGUCACCCAUCUGGAUUCAUCUAGACACCUGGACACUCCUGGACAAGCUGAUCCUAGAUCUGUGCCUAAGAGCAACUUCUACCCCAAGCUACUAAAUCACUUGUGCUUCCAUCCAUCCACUCAUACAGGCCCAAAUGGACCUUUUUCCCUAUAUAGUGCACUACUUUUGACAUGGGACCAUAAGGCUCUGGUCAGAAGUAGUGCCCUAUAAAGGGAAUACUAGGUUGAUUGUAUUCUCAUGUCUGUCUGUCUGUCUGUAACCUAGUUAUCUCAGUGGUCAACCCUUACAUAGAGUCAUAGCUAUGUAGUGAGACUAUGCAGGAUUUUGUUCCUGACUACCACCAACAGACUUUGAAUAUAGCUAAUCAAGUGGAUUAGUCAAAAUCAGGUGGGUUAGUGCAGGGCUGGAACUAAAGCCUGCACAGCUUGUAAUAAUGGUCUUCUAGGGUUGGUGGCCACUGGUUUAAAGGGGCAAUCUGGAGUUCUGCAACAUCACACCGCUUGAGUCUCUCCUCCAAUCAUACACAGUAGUGUAGUGACGUCACGCGCGGCAACCUCACGGCUAACCAAUCAGUAAGAGUGUCGUUGUGCUGUGGUUAGGACCAUUGGAACAGUAGCAUGUUAUCCAGUGUUACUGUCGUUGUAUAUCUAUCAUACCUGUAUAACUAACAGUUAUGUGAACACUCCAAAUGAACACUUGAUGAAGGAAUGUGUAUAACAAAAUAAAUUAAAUAAUAUGAAUCUGAGGA